GUCUCAGCUCCAGUGGAUCUAUCUGCCUUAUGCAAACAUUUUUUUCUUCAAAUUAAGUCAAAGAAAAGAAGAAAAUGGAUUUCACUACGGCUCCUUAUGACUACUACGACUACGAGGAGACAGAGAACUCCACUAUGUGCGACUAUUCAGAGUGGGCGCCAUCGUACUCUGUCAUCCCGGUUCUCUACAUGCUCAUCUUCAUCCUUGGCCUCUCAGGGAACGGGAUCGUCAUCUUCACCGUGUGGAGGGCUCAAGGCAAGCAUCGAGCUGCUGACGUCUACAUUGGCAACCUGGCACUGGCAGACCUCACCUUCGUGGUCACUCUGCCCCUCUGGGCCGUUUAUACCGCCAUGGGCUACCACUGGCCCUUUGGAGUGGCUCUGUGCAAGAUAAGCAGCUACGUGGUGCUUCUCAACAUGUACGCCAGCGUCUUCUGCCUCACCUGCAUGAGCUUCGACCGGUAUCUGGCCAUCGUCCACUCCCUGACCAGCUCCCAGCUGCUCACCCGUCGACACAUUCGAGCCUCGCUCGCGGUCAUCUGGGUGCUGUCUGGUCUGCUGGCUUCCCCCACUCUUCUGUUUCGCACCACCAAGUACGAUCAGCAAACCAACCGAACAUCUUGUGCCAUGGACUUCAGCCUGGUGGUGACCAUUAAGGAGCAGGAGAACCUGUGGAUCGCUGGUCUCAGCAUCUCCUCCUCGGCUCUUGGCUUUCUCCUUCCCUUCCUGGCGAUGAUGGUGUGCUAUUGCUUCAUUGGCUGCACCGUCACCCGUCACUUCAACACCCUGCGUAAGGAGGAUCAGCGUAAAAGGAGACUGCUGAAGAUCAUCACCACCCUGGUGGUGGUGUUUGCUGUCUGCUGGCUGCCCUUCCACCUUGUGAAGACCGCUGAUGCCUUGUCGUACGUAGACUUGGUCCCCGCCACCUGCGACUUCCUGCGCUUCCUGCUGCUGGCUCACCCCUACGCUACCUGCCUGGCCUACGUCAACAGCUGCCUCAACCCCUUCCUCUAUGCCUUCUUUGACCUGCGCUUCAGAUCUCAGUGCCUGUGCCUCCUCAACCUGAAGAAAUUCCUGCAUGCCAGUCCAAACAGCUCCAUGUCCUCGCAGAAGACAGAGGCUCAGUCACUGGCCACAAAGGUGUGACCACAGCGGGGGAAGAGGUUGAAAAACAAAACUUUGCAGCAUCAUCUGCAAUCGGUUUCAGGGUGUCACCUUUGCCCAGUAGGCCCCCACCCUCCAGGCCACUGACUGUGUGGACUAAAGAGGAGUGAAUGUUGUUGUUUGGGGGGGAUUGAAUCAAACAGAAACUCCAGACUCUCUUCAAGUGGCAGGCCAGUGAAACUGAACAAGGAAACAUGCAUGAAAUGCUGUUAUUUGAGGAAAAUCCUGGAAUGCUCAUGAAUUUCUCUUUGUUCUUGUGUGGACUUUUUGAACUGGACUGGACCGCCGCUGUUCUUAUUGUCGUUAGUGAGCACUUGAGGAGUGAUCUCCACUGGAUCAGCCGGUGGUAUCUUCCCCAUGUCUGGCUACGUUACGUCUCCAAGUGAGCAUGUAGGAAGGGAGUGUCAGUCUGGAGCGAAGGUGUUGGGGUCAGAUAAGAUGUUGUAAAUUGUAAAUUUGCGUGUGUGUGUGUGAGAGAGAGAGAGAGAAAGAUGGGGCGUGGAGAGUGUUAGGGGGGCUGGCUGCCUGCAGACAGACCAGACAGACAAACAGAUGGCAGCUGACAAAUGGUUUCAGGUUGGUGAAAGGUCCAAUUAAAAGGUGACUACUUUGACAGUCAUCUCAGUGUGAAGUUAUGAGUUGUGUGCUUGUGUGUGUGUGGAUGGUGAAUGUCUCUGAAUUUCCUCCUGACAGCAACAUGAAAGAAUUUUGUAAAUACAUUAUUUUUGAUUUGUAUUAAAAGAAAAGGUGCUCUGAAGAAACAAACACUCUCUCUGGUGUCACUC